AUGGUGGAUUUAAAUAAAGUAAGUGCUAUUAAAGGCCGAUUUGUUUGCCCAUAAUGUGUUGAAGAAAUACCGAAAUCAAAUAGAGAUAUGAUUGAUUAAUUCAAAUGCUUGGAUUCUUUUUUUGGAUAAUGGGAAGUAAUUUCUAAAGAAAACAGAACUCAUAUCUUAUAUAAUAUGGAAUAAAUCUAAAAUUAUUCAAUAAGUUUUUAAAAUUUCAACGAUAAGAUUCUGAAUAUUAUAUAGGAAGUGACAUAGUAUUGUUUACAUCAUCUAUAAAAAUAAUUAAAUUUUUUUGAAGUAAAACCGGAAAGAUUAUCAAUAGAAUAAAUUUAUGAAAUAGCAGAAAAUCUAAGUAAUCAAGAAUAUUUGUAUACAUUUAGAAAAUAAUAAGAAGUUUAUUAUAAUUCAUAUUUAGAAGAGAUUGAAAGAAUUUUAGAAAAAAAUGAAAUUAAAAAGAUUUAUAAAGUAAGACCCAAUUUAAGUAUAGUUAGUCAAUAAGUUGACAUUAAAAUGAAAAUAAUACCUUAAAAAAAAAGGUUUCAAUUAAAAUGGAUUCUUGGUAUAUUAUUUAGUUUAUGUAUAAUGAUGAUCAUUUAACUAAAAGAAUAGGAUAAUAAUGUUAAAAAAAAUAUAAUUGAGAGUAAAAAAGAGGUUAAUUUUUCUUAUGAGAUUAUUAAAUCAAAUAUACAGGAAUAAAAUAUAAAAUGUUCUGUAUUUGCUUUUAAUUAGUAAAAUUCAAUAAUUAUAGCCGGUUGUGAAGAUACUAUUAAAAUAUUUGAAUUUGAUAAUGGAAAUAUACAUUGUCUACAAACUUUAAAUGGUCAUAAUAACAAUGUUAGUGCUUUAUACUUUAUGAAAAAUUCUAAUGAAUUUAUAUCAGGAGAUAUUUUUGGAUCAAUGUUUUUUUGGAAAUAAAUUUAAUAUAAUAAAUGGUAGAUGUAAUAACAAGCUAAAUAACAUACUCAUAUAAUUAAUCAAAUCCUCAUGAAUUCUUAAGAGGAUCUAAUUAUUUCAUGCAGCCAUGAUAAAUCCAUAAUUUUCUGGAAUUUUCAAAAUGUAUGGAAAAUCAAAAAAAUAAUCAAUGAACAUAAAAGUUGGGUUAUAAGUCUUAGUUUAAAUGAAAACUAAAAUUAAUUAAUAUCUUGUGAUAAUGAUGGAACCAUAUUGGUGAUGAAUAAACAGCCCAACAACGAUUGGAUAGUAAUUUAAAACAUAAGAGUAAAACCUGGAUAUAAAUUAACUUUUAUAGAUAUUAAUUAAUUCGUUUAUCAACCAAAUAAUGAUUAAUUUAUGGAAGUAUACAAAUCUAAUGGUGAAGGAUAUAAGUAAAUUAAAAUUAUUGAUUUGAAAUAUGGUAGAACUGAAAAUAUGUGGUAUUUCCCUUCUGUAUUUAUAAUGAAGAAAUAAAUCCUGAUUAAUAAAUAUGAUAAUUAUAUCCAUAUUAUAAAGAAGAAUAUGGCUGGAGAUCUUUAAAUUGAAUAUUCAAUUUAGUUUAAAAAUAAUCUAAUAUAUGGAGUUGUCAGCAAUGAUGGAUAAUAUUUAAUCACAUGGGAUGAGUAAAAUUAAUUUAAAAUAAGAAAAUAUUUUCCAUCAGUUGCUUAUAAAUAAUGA